CGAGGCGUGUAGUGCGGCCGGAUCGGACCGCGACCCGCGCGCCGCCGGCACCCAGCUACUGCACUCGACCUGACUGGUCACCGGGACUCUCAGGACUUGCUGUGCCACGAGGGUGUUCAUGAACUAACUCGAAACUUGUUCUGGAAGGUAGAGACGAAGUGCUACAUCUCGUGCUUUAUUCACUGGAGUGUUAUUCAGAUUCUGGUGGUUUAUUGGAUCGCUUUUACAUCCACGAAGAUAGACGUCCGGUUUGGUGCUUUGGGCGUGACGCGAGAUAAAGGAUCGACUCCCACAACGACGACAUCAUGGAAAGCAUAUUCAAGUACCACGCCUCCGCCGCUGAGAGCUUCAUAAACUGAGUUCUUGACGACAGUGACCAGGGUUGGGGUGAAUAAUGGGAAAAAGGAACGGACGGAUCAAGUUCGCACAUUCCAUUGGUCCGCCGGCCGAGCCCAGCACGCCGGGCCCGCGCGAGUAGCACCCCAGCCCACGCGCGCACACCUGCACUUCAGUUACCGACGCUCUAGCGACUGCCAAUAAAGUACAAGUCAUACCGGGUUAUAAAUCACUUAUUUAAAAUUAGAUGUAUUUACUGUAGUACAAAGACAAAGCGAACGCAAACAGUGAAAGUUUGCUUUAUGUAGCAAAACCGAUUGAUGUAGAAGACCGAACCGAGUAGACGUCCUCGGUUGAAUAAUUGAAACGGCAGACAUGACGGCCACUGCCCCAGAACUGUCAAAGUCGGAUUUCUUUGAUUUCGUGACGUCGCAUGAAGUUACUGAUGCCCAAUAUAAACAACAAAUGCGAUCUGUGAAUGUGUUCAUGGAAUCUCCAGACUCCAGAUCGAAUCCGUUGCUCUCGGAAGAGCCCAAGGAACAGAACAACAACAACCUCUUGAGUAUCGCGGGUCCGCAAGCGACCGCCACCGCAGGCAUGGCCACGGCGACCACUUCCACCACCUUACAAAGUUUUGACUCUAUCUGGAACGUGGAUCGCGACCGCGAUCGAAUAGAUACAGCCAUGUUAGAAGAUCUUAACAAGUAUUACUGGAACCCACCAGAAAGUGAAAUCAAUGGCUCACAUCCUAUCUCUGAUACAGCUAUUUCAAAUAAACUAAUCAGUAAUACUGAUGGGCAAAUAUACACAUUAACCGUACUCAACCAAGAUAUAAAUGAAACGAGUACAAAUCGGUACUGGGGAAAAGACGAAGAAGUAUCAAUGUCGAGUCCAACGGACAUUGAACAACCGCCAUCUUUAGACUUGGAAUCGAUACUGAAUAUGAAUGGGUUCCCCAACGAUUUCAACCAAGAUUUACCAAAAGUAGAUGGCUUCAACUAUGAAGACGCUGAUUCAGAAAAUCAAAGUAACGAUAUGAAUACGAGUAAUUUAGUAAAGGUUGAACCUUACAACUACGAUGAAACUGAGUUUGCGAGUAAUGAUAAGACUGAUGACCCUCACAGUCCUAUCGUUGGAACACCAACCAUUUUAGAAAGCCAAGUUGAAUUCAAUAAUAACAAUAAUGAUUGGAAAUUAACAGAUCAAAACGAAACAAAUGAAUCAUUAUUAAGGAGUGCGUUACAAGGAAAAGCAUUCAUUAGAUAUAGCACUAUACAAAAAAAUACAAUUAAAUUAGAUGGAAGUACGGAACUCAAGAGAGUUAUCAUUAACAACAACAACAAAGCAGAUGUACCGUCUAUGUAUCAAGAUAAUAAGGAAACAGAUCAGGAACUCUUAAUGGCGAUAGGGCCACCCAAUGGUAAUGUAAACAUAUCAAUUUUGUUAGAAGAUCCUAAUACAACUGUUAUAACAAAUGGUGAGAACCCGUCAUCAACUCAAAGCGUUGAUGACAUUCUGCUAUCGAACCUAGAUGCCAAUUACCCUGAGGACUACGAAAAGUUAAAACGAAUAGCGACGGAGCUGGGAGAGUCUAUGCAAACGUUUUGCACGGUGGAAACGCUGGAUCCUACCAGAAGCGUCUACAACAUACAUCACGUAAACGGUGAGCUAGUGACAAUGAUCCCUGCCAGUGAUGUCCAGUUACCCCAGCAUUUACAAAUAGUAACAGCCUCGCCGACUGUGACCAGCACAAAAACUCUUAGCAAAAAACACAAAAGGCUACAGAAUAAAAACUCACCGCCUGCCGCCCAGGCGCAGUCGGGCACCGCAAUCCAGGCGGCGACGUCAACGUCGAACGGCGUAAGAAAAGAAAGAUCUCUCCAUUACUGCUCAAUUUGUUCGAAGGGAUUUAAGGAUAAGUACUCGGUGAACGUGCACGUGCGGACACACACGGGGGAGAAGCCGUUCUCGUGCUCGCUGUGCGGGAAGAGCUUCCGGCAGAAGGCGCACCUCGCCAAGCACUACCAGACGCACAUCGCGCAGAAGACCGCCGCCGCCAACGGCGCGGUCAAGCCCAACAAGAGGUAACCGCGCCGCCUCGUCCUCCCCGCUUCACAUUGAUAGUCAAUUGAACUUUGUCUCGGUGAUAAACAAAAUGUACUCUUUAAACGUAUACCUAAAGGCUGAAGUAUCACAGAUGAAUUUGGUAAGGUGCUAAUUAAUUUAGUAGUUUAGAACAAUAAGGCAGUCGCGAAGGAGAGAUUUGAAGGUUCUUGGCCGUUAUCUUAAUUGUUAAUUCGUAUGUAAUUCCGCCCGUUACCGAAUACUUUUUAGCUUUAGCUAAGAACAGGUACUAUUAAGUGUUUAAUUACGAGAUUAUGAUAUAUCAUAUUUAUUAGUCAUAAUAAUGUUAGUUUACAAUAAAGUCAUACGUAUUUUCAUGCAUUUCGUGUAGGUGUACGAGUAAUUUGGUUCCUGAAAUGUCCUGAAUUCAUGUCUGUUCGCUCGCGUACCACUUACGCAGAGCCAGACGAUCCCAUAUUUUCGAUUUUGUCCGUUCUGUGUAAUCCUAUCGAUCGAUAACUAAAUGAAACAGCCAUCAGAUAACCGCCUCCGACAAUAAUGAGCAGUGCUGGGAUUACUGCUCGCCGCCGCCGUAAUUUCUCCCGCUGUGCAAACGACUAAACUUUCUAAAAAAUAAAAAAAAACAGAGUAAAAGAACGAGUAUUCACUACCUACCAUCUUUCACCGCUUAAAUAUCUAUAAGGCGGAGCGGUGUUCGCAGAUCUGUUCACGGUGUUAUUUUUUCCUCAUACUCAGCACAUGAAUGGCACUAUCAUUUUAGACGGCGCGGUAC